AUUAAAUUUUUGACUUUUAAAUUCUGAUAUAUAUUUUUUUGUUAUAUUUCAUUAUAGUAUUGAUUUGUUGAUUUUUUAUUUGUUAAAUAAUUGUUUUUUUAAUUAAUAAUUUUUAAAUAUUUUUUUUUAUACCGAUUACAAAUAGUAUUAUAAGUAAAACAAAUUAUUUUCUUUUAUACCAAAAGACCAAAAAACUAUGCCCUCUUCUGCCGUGCGUAAAACGGCACGUAUUAGAAGUACGUGACUAUAACGCUGUUUUAUCCGCACGCGCUCAGUCUUUUAGCGACUUCUAGCGACUUUUAAUCUUUGUCCAUAGCUAGCGACAUCUAGCGACUUCUCAAACAUACGCUAACGACUUUUUGAUAUGUAGAGUUGGCAACGCUGCUCAUACUUCGUAGUAGUCUGUGAUGUGAUUGUAUCGGACUAGUGAAUGUUAAAUUUAAGAAAAUGUACUUUAGGAAAUUAAAAACAUUUUCUAUAACAUUACCAUGCUAAUUAAUUGAGCAUCUAAAAUAUUAAAAGUAGAAAUUUAAAUUAAAUUGUGAUAACUUUAUGCAUUGUUUUGGUAGACAAUUUAAGAUUUUGUUUUAGCCCUUAUUAUUUUUAAAAAUGUUACAAAUUCUAAUAAGCUAACAUUUAGGCAUGUAUCAUAUACUUAGAAUUAUAUUAUACAAGCUAUGGGUUGUGUCCGCAUUAACUCUAUUUUCAAGUGUUAUCGUUUUUUGGUUUUAUGGGUUUCUGACGGCUUUUGCAAUCUUUAUCAUAGGAAUAACAGGUAUACUAUAUAGUGCCCAGGAUCUAUUGCUUUACUAUCCUAAUGACCCACCUGAUUCCAGAGUGUUUGUUUUACAACCUAGUAACUACAAACUUCCAUAUGAAAGCAUCAAGAUAAGCAAUAAAGAUGGGUUUAAAAUACAUAUGUUUCUCAUCAAACAAAAUACAAAUAGUAAUCAUAGACCCACUUUGAUAUUUUUCCAUGGAAAUGCAGGAAACAUGGGCCAGAGACUUGCAAAUGUGUCUGGUUUCUAUCACAAGCUUAACCUGAACAUUUUAAUGGUAGAAUAUCGGGGAUAUGGACUCUCAGAGGGUGCUCCGUCUGAGAGGGGUUUAUAUGUAGAUGCACAAUCUGCAUUGGAUUAUAUAAUACAGAGGUCAGAUAUAGACCGCUCUAAGAUAAUUGUAUUUGGACGUUCUCUAGGUGGAGCAGUUGCUAUUGACUUAGUAUCCAGAUUGGAAUAUAGAAACAAAAUAUGGGCUCUUAUUGUCGAGAAUACCUUUACAAGUAUACCAGACAUGGCACAAAUCAUACUCAAAUGGAAGUGCUUAUCAUGGCUUCCUCAGAUUUGCCAUAAGAAUAAGUACAUGUCUCUAAAAAAAAUUGGCUCCAUAUUGACACCCACUUUGGUAAUGUGUGGUUCAAACGACGCUUUGGUACCACCAGCAAUGGCCCAGGAAUUGUACAUGAGAUGUGGAGCUAUCUGCAAGAAAUUAGUGGUGUUGCCUGGUGGAGGGCACGAUGAUACUUGGACUUGCAGGGAUUAUUAUAGUUCAAUACAACAAUUUCUAAUAAAUGUCCCACCAAUUCCCGAGGAUAUUAUCACCUUUUUUGAUAAUGUGACAAAAGACUCUACCAAUAGAAAUACUAUAGUUCAUACUGUGUAAAACAUUAAUAUUUUCUAUGCUCACAAACUUUGACGCACAAUAUCAUAUGAUUACAUUAUUUUAUAAAUAAGUCUGAUAUAUACUUUAUGGGCCUUAAAAGUUAAUAGUUAAAUUGAUUUGAAAUAUAGAGGAGUUGAGACAGAGUCUAGUGUUUUCAUAGAUAAAAAUGUUAUUUGUGCUUUUUGUGACAUUUAGUUUAUUAAUUCUUGAAUAGAGCAUUAUUAUUUCAGUCAACAUUAGUUUAGAAAAGUGCUACAUCUGUCUCAAAUUCCAGUGAAAUAAUUGUCAAUAUUAAUUAAUCGUAAUUGUAUGUAGUUUUAUAUUACGUAUAUUUUAAAAUUAAUUUAGUACAAAAAUAAUAUGUUACGUGCAAUAAAUAUUUUGCAACUAUAGUAGUAAUAAUGCAUUCGUACAAUGUGUUACAUAUAUAAUUUCUUUGGUAAUGUUGAUUUUAGUAAAAUAAUAUUAAAAUUGCUAUCGAAGUGUUAGGGUCAAUACAUGCUAGUGCAGAGCGAAUAAAGCGAACUUGCAAGCAUAUGUAUGCUUUACCCUUAUUGCAAAAAAGUAUGUCCAAUGAAUUUUCUACUGUGUCACAAAUUCAAGCCCUCCAACUAGCAAUUAAAUGAAUUCACGAGAACGACACAUUCUUAAGGUAAGGGUGAAUUUACUUUAUUAAUUUUUAGAUUGACGCUUUGCCUCAUACGUUCAUAUUAAUUGACCUUGUCCAGAAGGGGUGAAUUUGCCACGAAUCGAUUCGCCUGAAAGUUUGUACAGAUCAGUUUGUACUCAGUUGGCUCAGGCCAACGAACGUUAGACGUUUUUUGAAUAAUAAACCGUAUUCUUAUACCUGUGUUCUGUAAUAAAAUAUCUAAAACAUCAUUCACCAAUUCUGCCCAUUCAUUAGACACCAAAGACUUGCAGGGUUCUAAGUGUAUCAUGCUUUUUAGGGCUUGAUUUGUAUUUUUUAUAUAGCUACAUGCAAUUUUUUCAUUCGAUAUAAUUUAUUACUUAGUUUGUAUAACCAUCACUAGAUGAAGCCAAUCGUAUUUUAAAAUGCUGUAAACUUAAUUGUUUUGGAAUACCAUAGCUAAAAUUUUAUAAAUUAAUUCACAAAUAAAUAAUACAUAUUUCAAAUAACUACUUUAGUAUCUUCAAUAAUAUCAUUAUAAUGUAAAAGAGGAUUAUCCAUUUUCUUUUAUUUUGUAUAAUUUAUAUAAAAUAGGUAGUUAUAUUUUUAUAUUCGAACAAAUAUUGGAUCUUUUAGAAUUCUGACGCCUCGUACAGUUUAGGGAAAAUGGAGCGGCUAAUUGUAAUGCCUACUUUAACAUUUCGGGUCGAAAUGGGAAAAAGUC